AUGAAAAACGAAUGCAUACCCGGCAAUCUCAUGAAGCCCUUGCUUAAGUUUCUGUUGACUGGACUCGAUUAUUUGCACACUGUGUGUCAUAUCAUCCAUACGGAUCUCAAGCCUGACAACAUUUUACUUGGAAUUGAAGACGAGGAAAUAAUAAGCGAGCUUAUCAAGGAGGAAGAAAAGGAUCCCACACCAGCGAAACUUUACGACAACCGAUGCAUCUAUGCUCAUCGUAAUUUUGGAAAUCUAAGAGGCCCUCCAGGGCGUCCUAAGAUCGCAGACUUCGGACUUGCCGUUAGGUCACCCGAUGAUGGCACGUAUAAUCACCCGAUCCAGCCUGACCUCCUACAAGCCCCAGAAGUGAUUUUACGCGCGGGCUGGUCAUACAGCGCUGAUAUAUGGAAUCUUGGUGUAAUGAUUUGGGACCUAUUGGAAGGUCGAUCGCUCUUUGGUGCGUCAGAUCCAGAAACGAAUACAUACUCAGCCGGGUUGCAUCUCGACGAGAUGAUAUCAUUAUUUGGCCCGCCACCAAAGCAGCUUCUUCUCCGAGGAGGGUCAGCGACUUCCUAUUUCACUUCAGAUGGCAAUCCGGUUAACAGAGAAACCCAAGAAGCUCGUGGUACAGGUCUAGAAUCUACCAUUACCACGCUUUUCGGUGAGGACAAAGAACUCUUCCUUGAUUUUGUCACGAGAAUGCUUCAAUGGUUGCCGGAAAACCGUCCAACAGCCAGAGAACUACUUAAAGAUCCAUGGCUGUGUUCAUGA